GGAGCCGCCGUCGGAGCGGCCUCUGCAGUCAGUGAGCGCGGAGCAUCUGGAGGAGAGCUGGCCGGCUGGGGAGGCGGUGGAGGACGGGGAGAGCGAAGCAGAAGGAGGAUCCGGGAGUCAGCGAAAACAAAAAAGGGGGUCAGGCCUGGAACUUGGCGAAGCGGUCACUCAUCUGGCGAUGCCGUCCAACACAGUCGCCGCCGCCGCCGCGUUCAAGAGCUCCGACUUCAACUGUGACACCAACGGAAAUCAAACGAAUGAGAGCUCUAGAAUGGACACAAUGAUAAUUGACGAGAUGCCUUCGCUCUGCACUCCUGUCCGCAAGGUUGGACGGCCUGGCCGCAAACGCAAGCACCUCCCCGUGGAGGGUUACGGGCCAGUGGAUCAGCCGGUGGGCGUGGCUAAGCAGCACAAAGGGGUGGAGCUCCAGUCGUCUUUGCAGUCCCAGAAUGGAGAUGUUGAGAGGCAUGAGAAGAAAUCGUGCGAAGGUCGCCACCCCACGCUGGACAAGAAUGCUGUGGAAAACGGGCUCCCACGCCAAUCAGGCUGCCGGGCCGAGUCGGCCUCCGAUUCGAGCCUGAGCCCAUCCCAGGACUCAGAGAAGUACGACGAGGAGACACUGCCAACUCUGCCUCGCAAGAAACGAGGGAGACGGAAACUGGAGCGGCCGACUAAAUACGUGGAGCACAAGGAGGACGAGGGUGGGGACUCUGCAAAGAAUGAGGGAGCUCGAGGGAGGCUCCGUGGGGGAGUGGGCUGGGAAGUCAGCCUCCGUCAAAGACCCAUGCCCAGAGUAACCUUCCAGGCCGGUGACCCUUAUUACAUUAGCAAGAGGACCAGGGAGGAGUUGCUGGCCAAGUGGAAGUUGGAGUUCCCUACGUUGCAGGCAGAGAAGAAGGCAAAUCUGGUGUCUGUGAUGAACUCAAUGGAGGACCAUGGCGAGGUAGAGUCGGAGCAUCAAAAAGAAAGCUCCAUAAUCACCGUCCCACUACUCUUUCCUCCACCGAUGCCGCCAACACAGCAGCAACCGCCACAGCCUCAAGCUCAACCUCAGACCAACCUCAAAUCCCAGCCUUCUCCCCAGCAGCAACCUCCACCAUUCCAACAGCAGCAGCAGCAGCAGCCUACAGACCCAGCCUCUCCAACCGUUGCCACCACCCCAGAGCCCGUGUCUAUAGGGGACGGAGACAAAACCUCACCCAAGUCCACUGACACAGAGACGGAGUACGAGGAUGGCCGAGGUUUCGGCAUUGGUGAGCUUGUGUGGGGAAAGUUACGAGGAUUCUCCUGGUGGCCCGGUCGGAUUGUAUCCUGGUUAAUGACUGGACGCAGCCGGGCGGCUGAGGGCACUAGAUGGGUCAUGUGGUUCGGUGACGGCAAGUUUUCUGUGGUCUGUGUCGAGAAACUGUUGCCUUUAAGUUCCUUCCACAACGCCUUUCACCAGCCAACCUACAAUAAACAACCAAUGUACAAGAAAGCCAUCUUUGAAGUGCUACAGGUAGCCAGCACUAGAGCAGGCAAGACCUUCCUCACAUGCCCGGAGAGUGACGACACUGACACUUCUAAGUCAGUAGACAUGCAAAACAAACAGAUGAUUGAAUGGGCCAUGACGGGAUUUCAGCCCACCGGACCUAAAGGUCUAGAGCCGCCUGAAGAGGAACGUAACCCCUACAAGGAAGUGUAUCCAGAGAUGUGGGUGGAGCCGGAAGCGGCGGCCUACACGCCCCCACCAGCAAAAAGGCCCCGCAAGAGCACAGCCACAGAGAAACCCAAGGUCAAAGACAUCAUCGACGAGCGGACUCGAGAGAGGCUUGUAUACGAAGUUCGUCAGAAAUGUAGAAACAUUGAAGACAUCUGCAUCUCUUGUGGCAGCCUUAAUGUUUCCCUGGAGCACCCACUCUUCAUUGGAGGAAUGUGCCAAAGCUGUAAGAACUGCUUCCUAGAAUGUGCUUAUCAAUACGAUGACGAUGGCUACCAGUCCUAUUGUACUAUCUGCUGUGGAGGGAGGGAAGUACUCAUGUGCGGAAACAAUAACUGUUGCAGGUGUUUCUGUGUGGAGUGUGUGGAUCUGUUAGUGGGGCCCGGCGCGGCGCAGGCAGCUAUUAAAGAAGACCCGUGGAACUGCUAUAUGUGUGGGCCGAAGGCUCAGUACGGCCUGCUGGAGCGCCGAGCCGAUUGGCCUUGCAGACUGCAGCACUUCUUUGCCAACAAUCACGACCAGGACUUUGAACCACCGAGGCUCUACCCUUCGGUUUUGGCAGAGAAAAGGAAACCCAUUCGCGUCCUGUCACUUUUUGAUGGGAUCGCAACAGGGCUGCUGGUUCUGAAGGAGCUGGGGAUCCAGGUGGAGCGUUACGUGGCCUCAGAAGUAUGCGAGGACUCAAUCACUGUGGGCAUCGUUCGGCACCAGGGACGCAUCAUGUACGUGGGAGACGUGAGAAACGUCACCCGUAAGAACAUUCAGGAAUGGGGUCCGUUUGAUCUUGUCAUCGGUGGAAGUCCGUGCAAUGACUUGUCCAUAGUGAAUCCUGCAAGAAAAGGUCUCUACGAGGGCACGGGUCGACUCUUCUUCGAGUUUUACCGGCUGUUACACGAGGCCCGACCUAAAGAAGGAGAUAACAGGCCGUUCUUCUGGCUCUUUUAGAAUGUGGUGGCCAUGGGCGUCAGCGACAAGAGGGACAUCUCUCGCUUUUUGGAGUGCAACCCAGUGAUGAUCGAUGCCAAGGAGGUGUCCGCUGCCCACAGAGCUCGUUACUUUUGGGGUAACCUGCCCGGCAUGAACAGACCGUUGAGCGCCAUGUGCACUGAUAAACUGGACCUUCAAGACUGCUUGGAGCAUGGCAGGACAGCUAAGGUACCUCUCAGACUCGUCCUCAAUCGAUUUCUGGAUGCGGCAGUUUAAAUCGGUUUCUUUUCGCAUCUUUUUACAGUUCGAUAAAGUGCGGACCAUCACCACUCGGUCAAAUUCCAUAAAGCAGGGCAAAGACCAGCACUUCCCUGUCUUCAUGAAUGAAAAAGAGGACAUCCUUUGGUGCACUGAGAUGGAGAGGUAUGACGAAAUGCCUUUACGACGUUCUAAGCUAUAAGUCCAGAUGUAAAUGUGUAAUGUCACACUGACAUGUGUUCAACAGAGAGAUCUCGAAGGGCCUCUUCAGUGAACAGUGAGUUUUACUUUAUAUUGAUUGAAUCAUCAGUCAUCUACUGCCUCACUGAAACCAUAUCCUGCUCAGAAGAACAAUCGAUCAAUACAGUGAGACAUACAUUGAUAUAAACAUUGAUGCGCACCAUGAAAUGCCAUGACAAACACUAUUUUUACCUGGCUCGAUUUAAACCUAUAAAAUCUUUUUUGGGGGAUUCAAACACAAGUUGUCAGUUAAGACAAAUAAGAAAGUCAACGCGCUGUUGCUUGGUCGAGUUUAAACUAAUGCAAUGAAAAAUUACAAAAACAUAAAUAAAAUGUAAAUAUAAAUACUGAUUCAAAUAUUUCAAAAAAAUCCAAUGAUAUGCCAAUGGUACUGUUUAUAUACAGACUAAGCCAAAACAGGAAAUCAUUUUCUUUGAUCACGGAUAACCAGCGACAUUUAAAAGCCUUGUUUUAGUAUAGUGCACGAUUAACAGGUGAUAUCAGUAUGGACAUCAGCACAGAUAUACUACACAUGCAAUAGAGUCACGUGUCUGACCUUCGAAUGGGUAUAAAUGAUAGAAACACUAAAUGUUUUGUACCCCUAGUGCUGACCACUUGUGAUCUCCCACUUGAUAUUAUUAUUCAAAAGGGAUUUUUGUUGGACAGAAAGUUCAUGCCCAUGAGCAUCAAUACAUUCGGUCCAGUUUCUUUGUCCCUUUUUUAAUGACGUUUUCAGUGAACUACUUAUUAGUAAAAACUGUAAUAUCAUUACAAUUUUAAAACGACUGUUUCCUAUUAGAAUAUAUUUUAAAAUAUAAUUAGCAGCUGUGAUGGCAAAGCUGAAUUUUCAGCAUCCUGUCACACGAUCCUUCAGAAAUCAUUCUGAUAUGCUCAAAACCAUUCCUUGCAUUAUACUACUCAGUGUUUGUGUGUGUAAACUGUGGUAUUUUUUUUUAGAAAUAAAAGUCUUAUCUUAUUUUAUAAGUAAAUAUAAACAUGUAUUUGUCACGUUUGAUCGAUUUAAUGCGUCCUGUGGGAUAUUCUGCAAAACAAAAAUUAUAAAAAGAUAACCCAGAUUGUUCAUAAUCCGUCCGUUGGCAUCGUGGCGUCAUGCCGCACUCGUGGAACUAACUUCCUGCCCUUUUCUCCUCUGAUCAGGGUGUUCGGCUUCCCUGUCCAUUACACAGACGUGUCAAACAUGAGUCGUCUGGCCAGGCAGAGGCUGCUGGGAAGGUCGUGGAGCGUCCCGGUCAUCCGUCACUUGUUUGCACCACUCAAAGAGUACUUCGCCUGCAUCUGAA